UCGUGGGCAAAGAAAGCCAAGUCUAAAGGGGAACUAUUGAUUGCCGAUUUGAUUGUCAAUCGCACACACGUUGGUGCGAUGCUGGACCCUAGGUCCACACGAUCUUACAUGUCUGAACGUGCAAUCCGCAAGUUGCACCUCGGCAUGAAGAUCCAAACGUUAGCUAGACCGAUCACGUCUAUGCUGGCUGACAAAAGCACGAUGACGGUAAUGCAAUACGUCGAUCGUGUUCGAUGUCAGUUCAGUACAAAGGAUGGGAAGAAGAUUUGGCAUGAGCUUCCCUUUCUGAUUGAGAAGAACAUGCCGUUUGACAUCAUCUUGGGAAUGGAUUGGCACGAGGAAGCUGAUCCCAAGAUUGAUUUCAAACUGAAAGAAGUAAAGAUCAAAGAUGAAUCGUCUACAUUGCAACCGAUUAAGUUGUAUCAUCGGUCAGGGUCUGACUCUGUCUUGUCUUUUUGUUGCAUGAACUACUCUGCAUUUCGAUCGAUGGUUGCAAAGAAGAAGCUAGAGGAUGAGGUAGUAAUGUUGUUAGUUAAGAAAGUAGGAGAGUCUUCAACUACCCAUCCUCCUGGCAUAGAUGCACUCCUAACGGAGUUUGCCGAUAUUGUGUCUGAGCCUACCGGGGUCACUUCGCAAGCUAUCAAGCACACGAUCGAGAUCGUGCCCGGUAGCAAGGUUCCCAAGGGCCCUAUCUAUCGCAUGUCUCCAAGGGAACUUGAGGAACUAAAGAAGCAAUUGUCUGAGUUGACGGAGAAGGGAUGGAUUCACCCUAGCUCCUCUCCUUAUGGCGCACCUGUCUUGUUUGUGCCCAAAAAGGAAGGUGAGCUGCGCCUUUGCAUCGAUUACCGAGGGUUGAAUGCCGUCACCGUCAAAAACGCCGAACCUUUGCCCAGGAUCGACGAUCUCUUGGAUCAGUUGCAGGGUUGUAAGGUCUUUAGUAAGAUCGACCUUAAGUUUGGGUACCACCAGAUCGAGGUGGAUCCGGUCGAUCAGCAUAAGACCGCGUUUCGUACGAGGUAUGGUCAUUACGAGUUCAUCAUGAUGCCAUUUGGUCUAACGAACGCACCUGCGACCUUCCAAAGGUCCAUGAACGAGUUGUUCAGGCAAUGGCUCGACGACUUCGUCAUCGUCUAUCUGGAUUAUAUUCUAGUAUAUAGUAAAACACUAGACGAUCACCAGAAACAUCUACGUCUAGUACUCGGGAAGUUACGCGAGGGUAACUUCAAACUCAACCCAAAGAAAUCCGAGUUCGCUAAGUCUGAGGUCCUAUACUUGGGACAUAUAGUGAACGAGGAGGGAUUGAGGCCUGAGGAAAAGAAGAUCUCGGCAAUCARAGAUUGRCCGCAGCCAAAGACUCUGACAGACCUUCGAUCUUUUCUUGGUUUGGCGAGUUACUAUAGGAAGUUCGUUAGGAACUUUUCUGUUAUCGCUACACCAAUGAGAAGGUUGCUUAAGAAAGGUACUGUCUGGCUAUGGGAUAAGGAUUGUGAUUUCUCUUUCCGAAAGCUGAAAUAUGCUCUAACUCACUAUCCUGUCCUCAAGAUUGCCGACCCGUCUCUUCCUUUCAUUGUUACGACUGACGCAAGUCAGUAUGGUGUUGGCGCUGUCUUACAGCAARACGACGGCAAGGGCUAUCGCCCUAUUGAGUUUAUGUCUWAAYRACUGCCGUGCGACAAAGUCGCCWACUCCACCUACGAAAGGGAGUUAUAUGCAUUAGUCUGUGYCCUAGAAACRUGRAAACACUWUCUCCUUGRCARACACUUCACURURUACUCGGACCACUCGACUCUAAAGUGGAUCAAGACRCAACCUCGAUUGUCURACAAGUUGGUGCGYUGGUCUGCUUUUAUUGAUAMCUUUGAUUUCGAACUCAAAACAAUUAAAGGUAAGUCUAAUGUUGUAGCAGACGCACUMUCUAGGAGGAGUGAYUUCUUUGGGGCUAUAGUCUCUUACCUGGAUGUUGGGAAUGAUGUGAAAGAUCAGAUUCGUGCUGGAUAUGCCACUGACCCUGUCUGGAAACCAAUCAUGAACAUCCUAGCCAAGGACCCAUCCCAACUUCCUCACUAUCGAUUGUCUGAUGGCUUACUCUUCUUGUUGGACCAGACGGAACAGAGAUUGUGCAUUCCUCACAAGGAAGAACUUAAAAGUCUAUUGAUUGGGGAAUGUCAUGACAUAGAGGGACACUUUGGUUUCAAGAAGACGUAUGCUGAGGUGCGUGAGCACUAUGAAUGGAAGGGUUUGAAAGAGGAUGUACUAACGUAUGUUCGUACGUGCCAAGUAUGUCAGAGAAACAAACCGUCUCAUGAGAACCCUUUGGGUUUACUCCGACCACUACCUAUUCCAAGUGAGCCAGGUGAGUCUGUGUCCAUAGACUUCAUGAAACUCACCAAGUCCCGAAAUGACAAUAGUCAAGUUAUGGUUGUGGUUGACCGUUUCUCUAAAUAUGCCAUGUUCAUACCCUUGCCUGCAGAGGCCAAGACUGAGCUUGUGAUUGCUAAAUUUCAGAUGCGAUGGGUAACUGAGUAUGGGUUUCCCAUGUCUAUCGUAUCUGACCGCGAUGUCAGGUUCACAAGCAUGCCUUGGCAGAAGCUGAUGGAGGCCUACGGUACACGACUCACCAUGUUGUCAGGUAGACACCCUGAAACGAAUGGCCAGUCUGAGCAAAUGAACUGUAUGGUCCAACAACUUCUGAGAAUGUAUGUCCGUCCUGACCAAAUAGAUUGGGAUGAGAACUUACCCAAGAUUGCCGGUGCAUAUAACAAUAGUGUGCAUACCGCGACAUGACGCACACCUAACGCACUGCACAAGGGCUGGAAGCCUAAGCGUCCCAUUGAUGUUUUAACCAGGGAUGAGUUUCUUAGACUUCCACCAGGGACAAAGGAAUAUGCCAUUAUGUUUCAAGAAGACAUCAAAAAGGUGAAGGAGAAUCUGAGGAAAACCCAAGAGCGCAUGAUUGAACAAGCUAACAAACACCGACGCCCGUC